AUGACAAGCAGUCUACAAGAUACUAGCCACACCGUUGGUGACGUGGUUAGUGGUCUUGGUGCCACGUUGGGUGGUGCUGCCGAGGGCGCUGGGCAAACGGUUGCCGCGGCCGCGGAGGGUCUUGGUGCGGCCACUCGGGGUUUUGGACAAUCUAUGAAUCGAGUGUAUGGGGGUGAUGAUGAUGGUGGUGGUGAGGAAGAGGACGACGAUGAUGACGAUCCAGCUGGUGGUGUUGGGCAGAAUGGGAAGACCAAAUUGGAGUGA